AUGAACUACAACAGCAGCAACGCGCUCGCGCCCCGCUCCCGGGCAGGGACGCGCGUCCGUUCUCGUCUCCCACUGCUGGACCCGAUUCUCCCCAGGGCGCUCUCCUGCGCUGUUCUGCUCCUCCUGGUUGUCUCCGUGCUGAGCAGAGGCAAGAGGUGCAGCAUCGCCAAAAUCCUGCGGCAGUACCGCGCCGUCAUCUUCCACGAGAUCCAGAACCUGAAAGCCCUGAGCGGGUCGACGGACCGGAGCGGCCGAGCCGGGCCGGCCUGCCGCUCGGACAAGGACCAGAAGAUCCUGCUGUCCAUCUACACCAUCAGCACGUCCCUGCGGCAGGCGGCGGCCGGCAGCCUGCGCGACCCCGAGGAGGCGGCCGUGUGGAAGGUGGCCAGAAACACCGAGUUCGUGCUCAGGGAGAACUGCAGGAAGGUGUGCCAGAGCCCGCCGGCACAGCCCCGGCGCGGGGAGCCCGGCCGCCGGAGGAAGCAGCUGAGGGAGAUCGCGCGGAAGGCGGAGAGGCUGGCGACGUGCUGGGAGAAGCUCUACGCGCUGCACACCCCCGGCCCGGACGCGCGGGGCGCCUAGGGCCCGCUGCCCCCGCCCUCCCCGGCAGGUAACGGCUCCCGGGGGGACCCACCCCGCACCCCGGAGAGCGACGCCGCUCUGGGCUCGGCGCUGCAGGUGUCUUGAUCCCACGCUCAGCUCCGGAGUCAGCGGAGGCGAUGCCGCCGGGCGCCAGAGUUGAAUCCGCCCGCUCGUCCCGCGCGAUGCCCCGGGAACGGG